AUGCCAUCGACUUUUAAUACGUGUGAACGAGAAAAGUUAUUUUUAAAUCCAAGCGACAAAAAAUUUGGAAUACCAGAACUACAAAAGCUUGUUAAACCACAUAUAGAUUCUUUUAAUAGCCUAUUGGAACCACCCACAAAAGGAAUCCUUAAUUAUGCGGUUAUCGACAUUGACCCGGUUGAAAUAUUCGAUGUUAAGGUUCCUUAUAACAGUACCGCGCAGGGAAAUAAAUUAAAAG